AUGGCAAACAUCAUGCACCCUCAUACUCUGGCACUUGCCACCGUCGCAGGUCAAGGCCUCAAGACACCAACUACCACAUCAAGCCGCAAGGCACGAAAGGUCUGCCGUCUCACCAAAUGGCUCACCUCCGCACAAGCUAAACUGCGUACCACCAUCAGCAGACCUGCCAAAAGCAUACCUGAGAAGUCCUGCUAUCCUAUCAGCAGCAAACGCACACAACAACGUCGCAUCCACAACGAAGUCUUUGGCUGGACCAGCGACGCCUUUGACGAGAUGAGCAUGAUUUCGAACUCUUCCUCAUCCAGCAGAACAACCUUGACCUCACCAUCGCCGUCUAAAUCAUCUACAGACACAAGGCCAAGAGAGCAACUACUCAAAGAAGCCGACGACGCUAUGAUCUCGCGACUCGAAAGCGCAUUCACGAAUGGUACCAACCGCCACCCUAGAGGUCGCAAAGCAUACCUCAAAAUCGAAGGAUAUUGA